CUGCGCGUGCGCGGGGGGCUCGUGCUCCUGUCCCUCCCGCUGCUCGUGCAUGCGGCCUCCCGCGGGAGCCAUUGUCCGGGCGGAGGGGGCGGGGGCGCGUGCGCGGAGAGCGCCCCUCCCCCUUCCAGUCUCCGGGGGGCGGAGCUGGGGAGGUCUCCGCCGUCUGAGUUUUAGUGAAAGCGUGCAGGGCCCUGGCCGCGUGACCCUCCCCCUCUCCUGAAGAAGUGAAGAGUUGCUGCAGGUCGUCAUGUCUGGAAUUAAACGAAUGCUCAAAGAAAAUGACCCUGACUAUGAGGACAUUUCUGUUGCACCCCCAAACAAACGGCAUCGAGCCCUGGAGGAUUCAGCUCGAGAUGCUGCCGUGCAGAAGAUUGAAACUAUUAUUAAGGAGCAGUUUGCUGUGGAAAUGAAAAACAAGGAGCAUGAGAUUGAAGUCAUAGAUCAGCGACUGAUUGAGGCCCGAAGAAUGAUGGAUAAACUUCGGGCUUGCAUUGUGGCAAACUACUACGCGUCGGCUGGUCUUUUCAAAGCUUCUGAGGGAUCAAAGACCUGUGACACCAUGGUUUUUAAUCAUCCUGCUAUCAAGAAAUUUUUGGAAUCCCCAUCUAGGUCAUCAUCUCCUGCUAAUCAGAGAUCAGAAACACCAUCUGUUAACUAUUCAGAAAGUGAUUCUUUAUCUCAGCACAAUGACUUCUUAUCUGACAAAGACAAUAGCAGCAACUUGGACUUGGAAGAGAGAUUGUCCAACAAUGUGGAGUCUCAGAGGCCUGGCAGAAAUACUGGACGGGACCCUGGUGGUGGAGCCAGCUCCCGCAAAGCAAACCAACAGAAUUCUGAUCUCACCUCCGAAGACGUUUCAAGACUUUUUGUGAAGAAAACCAUAGUAGUUGGCAAUGUGUCAAAGUAUAUUCCUCCUGAUAAGAGAGAAGAAAAUGACCAGUCAACUCAUAAGUGGAUGGUGUAUGUCCGAGGCUCUCGAAGAGAGCCCAGCAUCAAUCAUUUUGUGAAGAAAGUUUGGUUCUUUCUCCAUCCCAGCUAUAAACCAAAUGACCUUGUAGAAGUACGAGAGCCUCCUUUCCACCUGACCAGGAGAGGUUGGGGUGAAUUUCCUGUCAGAGUUCAAGUUCACUUUAAGGACAACCAGAACAAGCGGAUAGAUAUCAUCCAUAACCUAAAGCUAGACAGAACCUACACUGGCCUGCAGACUCUGGGUGCUGAGACGGUGGUUGAUGUUGAGCUCCAUCGGCAUUCCCUUGGAGAGGACCAUCUUUAUCCUCAGUCCUCAGAGUCAGAUGUUUUGGAUGCUCCUUCAUCUUUGCCUUUGCCCAUCCCAGCCCCAGUGAAAGCUGUUUCUCCCAGAAAACCUUCCCAUGAGGCUGUGCCUGAUGCUGCCAUAGAGAAAGGUUUCCAAGCAAAAACUGAAGGUGACAGACCCACUGCAUUUUAUUCUUUGCCAUCUUCAGUGGAACGUACACCUACAAAAUUGGUGUCUUCACAGAGGGUGACCUUUGGCUCUCAUGGCAAUUCCGCAUUCCAGCCAAUAGCGGCCAGUUGCAAAAUUGUGCCACAAGGUCAAGUUCCCAAUCCUGAGUCUCCUGGGAAAUCUUUUCAGCCAAUCACCAUGAGCUGCAAAAUUGUCUCAGGUUCCCCAAUCUCUACUCCAAGUCCAUCUCCUUUACCUCGGACCCCAACUUCCACUCCAGUUCCCAUGAAGCAAGGGACCGCCAACUCUGUUAUUAGUAAUCCUUACGUUCUCCCGGACAAGCCUGGGCAGGCCAGUGGAGCCCCAGCUCCCAGUGCAGGAAGCCCCACCAGCAAGUUGUCCACUGCUUCUCAGACUGCCCAGGGAACAGGAUCUCCCAUUCCUAAGAUCCACGGGAGUAGCUUUGUCACUUCUGCGGUCAAGCAGGAAGAUUCCUUGUUUGCAUCUAUGCCUCCUCUUUGCCCCAUUGGAAGUCAUUCCAAAGUGCAGAGCCCUAAACCUGUGACCGGAGGCCUUGGAGCUUUCACCAAGGUGAUCAUCAAACAGGAACCUGGAGAAGCCCCCCACAUGCCCACCUCAGGAGCUGCCACUCAGCCACCUCUUCCCCAGUAUGUGACUGUGAAAGGAGGUCACAUGAUAGCCGUGUCCCCCCAGAAACAGGUCAUGGCUGCAGGAGAUGGGACUGCUCCAUCCCCCAAGGUUGUUGGCGUCCCAGUUGGCUCUGCUCUGCAAUCAACAGUGAAACAAGCCGUGGCGAUCAGUGGAGGCCAGAUCCUGGUGGCCAAGGCCAGCUCCUCCGUUGCUAAGGCCGUGGGUCCAAAGCAGGUUGUAACUCAAGGAGUCGCCAAAGCGAUUGUGAGUGGAGGUGGUGGAACCAUUGUUGCCCAGCCUGUACAGACCCUAACCAAGGCUCAAGUCACUUCCACUGGGGCUCAGAAAAGUGGAUCCCAGGGUUCAGUGAUGGCUACAUUGCAGCUACCUGCCACCAAUUUGGCCAACUUGGCAAAUUUGCCUCCUGGAACCAAACUGUACCUUACAACAAAUAGCAAGAACCCUUCUGGGAAAGGGAAACUUCUGCUGAUCCCUCAAGGAGCCAUCCUGAGAGCCACCAACAAUGCUAACCUCCAGGGAGGAGCUUCUUCUGCAGCCGGAGGCAGCGGUGGUGGUGCAGGAACACCGGGCACAAACCCCGGAGGGGUAUCCCCACACCUGACAUACACAUCCUAUAUCCUCAAGCAAACUCCGCAGGGCACAUUUUUAGUUGGCCAGCCAUCUCCCCAGGGUUCUGGAAAGCAGUUGGCCACUGGAUCAGUGGUACAGGGCAGUUUGGGAGUCAGUGCAUCUUCUACACAAGGACAGCAGGCGUUAAAAGUCAUCUCUGGGCAAAAGACGGCUUUGUUUACCCAGGCAAAUCCUGGUGGGCAGGCGUCUCUGAUGAAAAUCUCAGAUGGCUCCUUGAAAUCUGUGCCUGCUUCCACCCCACUCUCCAAGCCAGGGACCACCGUCCUGAGAGUCUCAGGGGGGGUGAUCACUGCUGCCACUUCCCCAGCUGUGUCUCUCUCGGCCAACGGAGUUGUACAGCAGCAGUCAGAAGGAGCAGCGUCUGGCUCAGCGUCAACAGUGGUGCCUGCUGGGAAAGGUGGCGGGCAGCAGACACUGUGUGUGAACCCAGCUGGGGCCGGCAGGGUUGGUGCCUCAGCCGUCAUCAGCGCCACGUCCCUCAUGUCCACAGCGACCUCCGUCUCUGGCAAAGCCACCGUCUCAGGCCUAUUAAAGAUCCAUUCCAACCAGUCCAGUCCUCAACAGGCUGUGCUGACUAUACCCAGCCAACUCAAACCUCUCAGUGUGAAUACUGCCUCUGGAGGCAUCCAGACCAUCCUGAUGCCCAUGAAUAAAGUAGUUCAGUCAUUGUCUGCCAGUAAGACUCCUGCCAUGCCCUCUGGGGUCACCCCCAGCUUGGCCACUGUCAGCUCUGCUUCAGCCACUGUUACUAAAGUGAAGACAGAACCAGAAGCCCCAGGACCCAAUGGCAGCCUCCCUUUUGUCUCCCAGGAAGUGCAGGCAGAAGUGAAGACAGAAGAAAGUACUGAACUGGGGAACUAUGCGAUCAACAUUGAACAUUUAGAAAAUACCCAACAGCUUCUAACAGCAAUAGUAAAGAAGAUCCCAUUAAUCACUAAAAAGGGUGAAGAUGCCAAUUGUUUCUGUGCAAGUUCUGUGGAGCAGUAUUAUAGUUGGAACAUUGGGAAACGGAGGGCAGCAGAGUGGCAACGAGCAAUGACAAUGAGAAAAGUGUUACAAGAAAUACUGGAGAAGAAUCCCAGGUUUCACAAUGUGGCGCCCCUCAAAACCAAGCACAUUGUCCAUUGGUGUCGUUGCCAUGGUUAUACUCCACCAGACCCAGAGAGCUUGAGAAAUGAUGGUGAUUCCAUUGAGGAUGUUCUGACGCAGAUAGACAGUGAGCCAGAGUGUCCAUCUUCCUUCACCACCGCUGAUGAUCUCUGCCGAAAACUGGAAGACCUGCAACGGUUUCAGAAAAGAGAGCCAGAGAAUGAUGAGGAGGUAGACAUUCUCAGUGUCACUGAGCCACUAAAAAUAAGCAUCAAGAAGGAAAAGGAAGAGAAACAAGAAGAAGUGAAGUUCUAUUUGGAAACAAUGCCUGCCUCUGAGUUUGUCAGUGACACAGCACAAAAGAUUGGAAUCGCCCUUGAGCCUGUGGAACUUCACAAAAACACAUAUGCAUCUGUGGUUGAAGAUAUGAUUCUAAAGGCAACUGAGCAACUGGUGAGUGAUAUCCUGAGGCAGGCUCUGGCCAUUGGGUACCAGACAGCAUCUCACAACAGGACUCCCAGAGAAAUCACAGUGAUGAAUAUUCACCAGGCCAUCUGCAAUAUACCCUUUCUUGAUUUUCUCACUAACAAACAUAUGGGAGUAUUGAGCAAGGAGCAGUAAGGAAGAUGCCCCUGAAAAAUAGGAUGUGAAGACUCCUCAGCAAGAGUGCCUGGAUCCCAUGCUCUUCCCCAGUUAUUAAGUGAACUAGUGAGGGGAGCAACAAACUCUUUCCACGUGAAUUUAAUUGAUGUGAAGACUCAGUAGUAAGAGGGGUCCAAAGCCAGGAUCCAUGGAGGUGUUUCUGGUUCUCUUGGGACCACCUCAAUUCAUUUCUGUCACACCUCUGUGAGAGCCCCUAAGGUUUGUGCUCGGUUUCCAGGGGAGGAGGAUACACCAGGGCUUGGAAGAAGAAUGGCCACACAAGGGACAGAUGGGAAGCUUUGGUGGUGUUGACCCACCUUGUUGUGGAGAGACAUCGACCAUGCCGGGACAUCCCCAUCCCCAAUGGUGUACAUUGAGCUGAAUAUGACUGGCUGCAGUAAUCAGAUCUGUGGGGAAUAAUGGACGUGCUGGGGAGGAGCACGACUGGCUCGUUAGAAUUCUCUUCUCAUGUGUGGAAGAAGAUUGCCAGAACUGUUUCUUUCUGAGAAGACUCCAAGGCUACUGUCAAGCUUGAGACUGGGCAGUGAGAAAGCUGAACAUUCCAUUCAUGCACUUAAUUGGUUGGGAAUUAACGACAGCCAAAAGUCCUGGGCCUGAGGAACAGGCAGAAACGGCUUCAGAACAUGGCUCGCAGGGCGAUGCUGACUUGUCUGAGUGGGAAGUUUGCUCUCUUUGCAUGUAGACACGGGCUCUCCCCUUUGCAUGGGCACCUCCUUGACAAGCAGCUCACUACAUUGUGGGGUGUGCAGACGGGCUGCUGGAGAGUUGUUUAUUUCUAGAGAAAACUCCCAGUGAGGACCAGAUGGGAUUCCUGCGUUGGGUGGGAGUCAGACAUAGACACGCUGGCCCCCCUCUAUCUCAAGAGGCUUGGAUUAGGUGAGCUCCCAGGCCAGCAGCGUAGAGCACCCCGCUGCUCAGACAGAUCUGUUGGGGAGCUCAUUUCCCAGAAAAAGUAACCUGUGCAAAGACAUACCUGCUUGUGCUUGUCCAGGACAGGAAGAGAAAGAAAGUCCCUUAGCUGUGAGCAAGAGGCAUCACCCAGGAUGGGAAGAGCUGUGAUAGCCUUGAGGAAAGCCCAAGAAAGCCAAGGCUGAUGCCCAGAGCACUGCAAAGGCUUCCUUGGUCAGUGGGCUCGUCCCCGAGUCCCUCUGCAGUGCAGAUAUCAGAGGCUUCAAACUGCCAUCCAGAAGAAUUAGCCAGCAUAGACCCCGGAGGAAGCUCAGGACCCUUGGCAUGUGAUGGAAUUAAGGUAGUGUUAUCCGAACAAGCCUGUCCGAGUGUUCAUGAUCCCAGGCUGAGGAUUCCUGAGUUAAGGAAGGUGAAACAUGCCCCCCGAAGGCCUGUUUGGACAUUAUAAUCUUGCUGGCCCGUGUCCUCCGGCAGUCUGGUAUAGUACACGCCAUGCCCAGGACACACAAUAAAAUCAUUUAACUUGCAUAAAUGUGGAAUAUUUAAACAAUUAAGUGAACUCCCAGCAUUUGAGAGUAGCAGAUAUGUUUGGAUUCAAAAUGGAACUCUUCUCUAGAAUCUUCAAAAUCGAAGUUCUAGGGGAAAGGGUUGCAGUUGGUCCAUAGCUGACCCAAAGGAAAACAUUCUUUCACUGUGAGUGGGAGAAUAUAAUAAAUAGCUUUCAAGCGAUGGAAAUACUAAGUGAUUAAAAGGUCUCCUUAUGUGUUUAGACUUUCCCAGUGUAUUUGUAUGAUAAUGUGUAACAUAAUUGUGUAAUAUACAUGGCUACAAUAAAUUCUCUUUUAGUAA